CCGCACGAUCAGGGUUGCCGAACUCACGGUCAAGUGACCCACACGUGAUUUGAUUUGAAAACACCUUAAAACAAUAAUAAACCGCAUUAAUAUUCGUUCAAAAUUCGACAGUUUUGUGUUGUUUAGUUUUUUAGUUUGAUUUUGUUUUUUCACGUGAGGAACACAAAGUUUUUCUUUCGUUACGAAACUCAGUGUAUCGUCAUGUAUCCGUCUGUUUUCAAUCGUUUGAUUCUCGUUGUUUUUCUGGUUUUUACCGGAGUUUCCGGACAGGACGACGAUUCCCUCGCCGGUAGCUUCUUGUCAGGCCUUUUGGACACGAUAUCAGACACCGCGAACAGCGCGGAUUGUCCAGGAAUUUGUGUCCACGCACUGGCAACACUUUUGUGUUACGAUGUCAUGGAAGAUAUUCCGUGUCCAUCGGCACGGAUGCGUUGUUGCAUUAACGAGCCGCUAAAUGGAACAACAAUAUCCGAAAACGAUAUUGAAAAUGUGACAUCGAUCAGUGAAAUCCGAGAUACGACGCUGGUUACGACCACCAAAGUGCCUACGACAACGACAACAGUUGCAACCACGACGACGACGACCCCUGAACCAACAACGGAUAGCCAAAAGGAUCCAAGCUCGAAACCCUCGCUCACAAAAUGUUCAGGAAUUUGCAUAGAGUCGAGAAUAGCAGACUAUUGCGAGGCUGUUGUGAAGAUCGACUCUCUGUGUAAGCCCGGACACCGUUGCUGCGUCUCGAGGGAUUCGUUUGGGAAUGAUCCACCGCCGGAAUUUUACGUAAUCGAUCGUACAAAAAUAAACGUAACGCGACAGGAUGAAAAACAUGUUGAGAAAAAUAUCACAACGACGAUACCGACUACGACAACCUCGAGGCCGAGCCCAACAACAACAACCAGUUAUUCAGCUGUCGCAACGACCCCAACGAGACUGAAACCAGCCCCCCGCAGACCUUGCCGAGGCGAAUGUUUCAAUGGGCUUUUUGCACUCUUUUGUGACGACAUUGACAAAGAUGCUGAAUGUCCAUCCGAUGGAUCGUGCUGCAUUUCGUUGCCUCCACAAAAAGUGGAAACAACAACGACACCUCGUCCCGUGACGAAACCACCGCAACAAAAAUUGCCACCAUGUCGUGGUUUUUGUUUCCUCAGUAUAAUGGCUGCAUUUUGUAAAAGGCCGAAUACAAUUUUGACGAGAACUUCUACGUGUCAGAGUGGCUCGAUAUGCUGUGAAGAGGGUAACGCUCCUGUCACACCUCGACCAAGGCCGAGGCCUGCGCCGACGAGACCGUCAACGACGACGGUUCCAUCACCGCCCGAUCCACGUCCAGAAUGUCCAGGCUCUUGCAUAGUUUCUUACUUGUCGUUCACUUGUUUCAGAAACGCUGAAUUAACAAACUUGUUCAAAUGCAAGAGUGCUGGUCAUCAGUGCUGUGCACCGAAAUCUUUGAUUAGAGAAAUGAGCAAUGAGAAUUCGAGCGAUCCAAUCCUGAGUAAUCGCAAUGACACGCAUCCUUCCAUCGUUUCGAGACCUUAUACCACUACCCCCCUGAGCACAAUCGUUUACGAAACAACGACAAUCACGACGACAACAGCCAAAAGUCCGAUUUACAGCAAAUACGUUUGCGGAGUAAAGGGAACUUCGAGAGGUCCGAUUCAAGCUCGGAGCUUAGAUCGAGGUGCUAGAGUCGUCGGUGGUGAAGAUGCUGACGCUAAUGAAUGGUGCUGGCAAGUGGCGUUGAUCAAUUCCCUGAAUCAAUAUCUUUGCGGUGGUGCCCUUAUCGGUACGCAGUGGGUUCUGACCGCUGCGCAUUGUGUCACUAAUAUCGUGAGAUCGGGCGAUGCCAUUUACGUGAGAGUGGGCGAUCACGAUCUGACGAGAAAAUACGGAAGUCCAGGAGCUCAAACACUUCGGGUUGCAACGACGUAUAUACAUCACAAUCAUAAUAGUCAGACGCUCGAUAACGAUAUAGCACUUUUAAAGUUACACGGACAGGCUGAGCUCAAAGACGGUGUCUGUCUGGUUUGCUUGCCUGCGCGAGGAGUCAGUCAUACGGCUGGCAAAAGGUGUACUGUCACCGGUUACGGUUACAUGGGAGAAGCUGGUCCUAUUCCGCUGAAAGUACGGGAGGCUGAAAUACCAAUUGUCAGUGAUGCCGAGUGCAUAAGAAAAGUUAACGCUGUGACGGAGAAAAUUUUUAUUCUGCCUGCGAGCAGCUUCUGCGCUGGUGGUGAACCAGGAAAUGACGCUUGUCAGGGCGAUGGAGGUGGACCACUGGUCUGUCAGGAUGAUGGAUUUUACGAAUUGGCUGGUCUCGUUUCGUGGGGUUUCGGCUGUGGCAGAGUCGACGUCCCUGGUGUAUACGUCAAAGUAUCCGCGUUCAUUGGUUGGAUAAACCAAAUAAUAUCGGUCAACAAUCUCUAGAUAUAAAAAAAUACAUAGAUAUAAUAUAUUUAUAUAUAAUAUAGACUCCACAUAUUUUUCCUACUGUUUCAUUCUCCCACUUUUAUAUUUUCCUACGUCGUUCGAACGAGAACCCUCUUGAAGGAUUCCUCCAAAACAUACAGAGCUGGAAAUUUCAUUCCGUCAGAAUUAUGGUACUUAAAAAACAACCAAAAUCGAAGAAAACCCAGUCAGCUUUUCGAGAGCAGUUAGUAGCUUAUCGAGAAUAUUCAACUUCGAUUUCAAUGACAAAAAAUUGUUUACACGAUGUUAAAAUAAAUAAUUGUACGUCAACAGGUGGGAUAACUUUCCAUGACGUUUCUGUUAUUCUAUAAGUCGCUCAAUAUUUUCUUUGAAUUUACUGUUUCUAUUUCAAUUUGUGCCAAUUGUUGGGAGUUUGUAGGAUUCCGAUUCUAUAUUUGAAAAAAAGAGUUUUGACGAAAUUUUGCCGUGUAUACUUUUAAAAAAUGUUGUUAGAGUAAUUGCGAACACGGAAAGUCAGAGAAAAUUCAUUUUGCACAAUUAAAAAAAAAUGUCUUUCGUUAAAUUUUUCUGUGUGAGAAAAAAUGUUCAGAAACUCGAAGCUCGUAUUUUGAAUGUUAAAUCAGAUCGCUAAAUACCAAAAUUCCAAUGGAACGAAACUUUUAUCGAAGAAUGUCUGUGUCAAAAUGUUUUCGACGUCCUAACACUGCUGAACCUUAAUGAUCGUUAUUACACCUACAUCCGCGCGUUACCUCGAAUACUUGAAUCGUUUAUAACGUUUUCAAAAACCUAUUUUUAUUUUUUUUGUGUAAAUUAUUUUUGAUCGAAAAUUUCAAGAAAAUCUUCAUGUAGAAAUAUUUUUAUUAUUUUGCAGCACAUAUUCGCUAGCACUCAUUUUCUUUGAUAUUUUCAUCAUCCGCAAAGAAUGGUGGUCUCUGACUUUUUAUAUUCAUACUAUUUCGAGUAUUGUCAAAAUGCGACAAAGUUCAUUAAUAUACUUACAAUAAUUUUCAUCUAUGUUUCUAAAUAUUAUAAAAAUAUAGAAAACUCGCAUCGUACGCCUCGGCAGUUUGGGCAGAAAGUUCGCUGAGAUUAUUUUUUUCUAGAUAAUCAAUCUGCCCAGCCCGUCCGAUAUUUUUCUAAUUUUAACGUUAACGUUAAGUGAACUUUUCUUCUCUCCAAGUUAUGAUGAUAAAGAACGUUUUUUUCAAAAACGCCUAGAUUCUGUUCUUUCUAGGGUUACACGAUUAUUUAUAAACAAGAUUUUUCUUUUUCAUGUAAUGUUUUCUCACAGAGAAGAAAGAUUCACAAACGAAUUCUUGCUUUGUAUAUUAACGCGUCGUUUUCUUUAAAUGUUAGUCUUAUCGCAGAUUGUUUUUUUUUUUUUUAGUAUUUCUCUUUUUCUUCUCUUUGUUAUCUUAUGAAUUGCAGAUAAAACAAUUGUAAAUUGCAAGGUCGAAUUUAGUCACUAAGUUAUUCUAUUUUUUUUUUUUUUUUUUUUUUUUUUUUAUUUCGUUUCUUUAUAUUUAUAUAAUUUUUUAUUUU